UCUGGAGCUCAGCCGGCGGCGUUCAUUGGAGUUCUACAGCGGCGUCGCGGGGUUUUAGGGGUUUCGCGACAGUCAGGCUCAGACUUCUGGAGCUCCGAGCUGAGAUGGCGAUGACGAUGUCGGACGGCGGCGCGAGCCGCCUGAGGCGGCAGCUGGAAUCGGGCGGCUUUGAGGCGCGCCUGUACGUGAAGCAGCUCUCGCAGCAGUCGGACGGGGACCGAGACCUGCAGGAACACCGGCAACGCAUCCAGGCGCUCGCGGAGGAGACGGCGCAGAAUCUGAAGCGUAACGUCUACCAGAACUAUCGGCAGUUUAUCGAGACGGCCCGCGAGAUCUCUUACCUGGAGAGCGAGAUGUACCAGCUGAGCCAUUUGCUGACGGAGCAGAAGAGCAGCCUGGAGAGCAUCCCCCUGACGCUGCUGCCAGCCGCCGCCGCCGGAGCCGCCGCCGCCUCUGCAGGGGAGGAAGGAGGCGGAGGAGGCGCAUGGGCCCGAGACCCCCUUCGGGGCCAGGCUGGCUUCUUUCCGACCUCGCGGGGCGCCUCCUCCCGCGACAGUUCCGGCCCCGGCGAGGAAGGCAAGCAACGCACUCUCACCACCUUGCUGGAGAAGGUGGAAGGCUGCAGGCACCUGCUCGAGACGCCCGGGCAGUACCUGGUGUACAACGGAGACCUGGUGGAAUAUGAGGCCGACCACAUGGCCCAGCUGCAGCGGGUGCACGGCUUCCUGAUGAACGACUGCUUGCUGGUGGCCACUUGGCUGCCACAGCGGCGGGGCAUGUAUCGCUACAACGCCCUCUACCCCCUAGAUGGUCUGGCUGUGGUGAAUGUCAAGGAUAACCCCCCCAUGAAGGACAUGUUCAAGCUGCUCAUGUUUCCCGAGAGCCGUAUUUUUCAGGCAGAAAAUGCCAAGAUUAAACGCGAGUGGUUGGAAGUUCUGGAGGAAACCAAGAGGGCCCUCAAUGAGAAAAGACGGAGAGAGCAGGAGGAGGCUGCGGCCCCCCGUGCGCCACCCCCAGUGACUUCCAAAGCCAGUAAUAAUCCAUUUGAAGAGGAAGAAAACGAGGAGCCAGCGGUUCCUGAGGUAGAAGAGGAGAAGGUGGACCUUUUCAUGGAAUGGAUCCAAGAGUUGCCUGAAGACCUGGAUGUCUGUAUUGCUCAGAGGGACUUUGAAGGGGCCGUUGACCUGCUGGACAAAUUGAACCAUUAUCUGAAAGAUAAACCCAGUCCACCACCGGUGAAAGAAUUAAGGCUCAAGGUGGAUGAGCGUGUCAGACAGCUCACGGAAGUCCUAGUCUUUGAGCUCUCCCCAGAUCGUUCUCUAAGAGGGGGUCCCAAGGCAACACGCAGGGCAGUUUCUCAACUAAUCCGCCUUGGUCAGUGCACAAAGGCUUGCGAGCUCUUUUUGAGAAAUAGGGCGGCAGCGGUGCACACUGCUAUCCGUCAGCUUCGCAUCGAAGGGGCCACUUUGCUCUACAUUCACAAGCUGUGUCAUGUCUUCUUUACCAGCCUGCUUGAGACUGCCAGGGAAUUCGAAACGGAUUUUGCAGGCACUGACAGUGGAUGCUACUCUGCUUUUGUGGUCUGGGCAAGAUCAGCCAUGGGCAUGUUUGUCGAUGCUUUUAGCAAGCAAGUGUUUGACAGUAAGGAGAGCCUCUCCACAGCCGCGGAAUGCGUAAAAGUAGCAAAAGAGCAUUGUCAACAGCUGGGUGAUAUUGGACUAGACCUCACCUUCAUCAUCCAUGCUCUUCUUGUGAAAGAUAUCCAAGAGGCGCUGCGCAGUUACAAAGAAAUCAUAAUCGAAGCCACUAAGCAUCGAAACUCCGAGGAGAUGUGGAGGAGAAUGAACUUGAUGACUCCAGAAGCCCUGAGUAAACUUAAAGAGGAGAUGAAGAGUUGUGGGGUGAGUAAUUUUGAGCAAUAUACGGGGGAUGACUGCUGGGUGAACCUAAGUUAUACCGUGGUUGCUUUCACUAAACAGACAAUGGGCUUCUUGGAAGAGGCACUGAAGCUCUAUUUUCCAGAGCUACACAUGGUACUUCUGGAAAGCCUAGUGGAAAUCAUUUUGGUUGCGAUUCAGCAUGUGGAUUACAGUCUUCGAUGUGAGCAGGAUCCAGAGAAGAAAGCUUUUAUCAGACAGAAUGCAUCCUUUCUUUAUGAAACUGUCCUCUCCGUGGUUGAGAAAAGGUUUGAAGAAGGAGUGGGAAAACCUGCAAAACAACUCCAAGACCUGAGGAAUGCAUCUAGACUUAUUCGUGUAAAUCCUGAGAGUACAAUGUCAGUGGUCUGAUGCUUGGACCUGUUCAUAUGUUUGUGUGUAUAUUGCUUAUAUAUUAUUUAUGUUAAGCUACAUUAGCAUAUUUUCUA